AUCCACUCUCCUCUCAGUCUGUUCUCCUGUCCCCUACUGGUCCUGACUGCUCUGUUCUCCUGUCCCCUACUGGUCCGGACUGCUCUGUCCUCCUGUCCCCUACUAGUCCUGACUGCUCUGUUCUCCUGUCCCCUACUGGUCCUCACUGCUCUGUCCUCCUGUCCCCUACUGGUCCUGACUGCUCUGUUUUCCUGUCCCCUACUGGUCCUAACUGCUCUGUCCUCCUGUCCCCUACUGGUCCUUACUGCUCUGUUCUCCUGUCCCCUACUGGUCCUCACUGCUCUGUCCUCCUGUCCCCUACUGGUCCUUACUGCUCUGUCCUCCUGUCCCCUACUGACCCCUACUGGUCCUCACUGUUCUGUCCUCCUGUCCCCUACUGGUCUUCAUUGUUCUGUCCUCCUGUCCCUUACUGCUCUGUCCUCCUGUCCCCUACUGGUCCUUACUGCUCUGUCCUCCUGUCCCCUACUGGUCCUCACUGCUCUGUUCUCCUGUCUCCUACUGGUCCUGACUGCUCUGUCCUCCUGUCCCCUACUGGUCCUGACUUCUCUGUCCUCCUGUCCCCUACUGGUCCUUACUGCUCUGUCCUCCUGUCCCCUACUGGUCCUCACUGCUCUGUCCUCCUGUCCCCUACUGGUCCUGACUUCUCUGUCCUCCUGUCCUCUACUGUCCCUUACUGCUCUGUCCUCCUGUCCCCUACUGUCCCUUACUGCUCUGUCCUCCUGUCCCCUACUGGUCCUCACUGCUCUGUCCUCCUGUCCCCUACUGUCCCUUACUGCUCUGUCCUCCUGUCCCCUACUGGUCCUUACUGCUCUGUUCUCCUGUCCUCUACUGGUCCUUACUGCUCUGUUCUCCUGUCCCCUACUUGUCCUCACUGCUCUGUCCUCCUGUCCCCUACUGGUCCUGACUGCUCUGUCGUCCUGUCCCCUACUGGUCCUUAUUGCUCUGUUCUCCUGUCCCCUACUGGUCCUUACUGCUCUGUCCUCCUGUCCCCUACUGGUCCUUACUGCUCUGUUCUCCUGUCCCCUACUGGCCCUUACUGCUCUGUCCUCCUGUCCCCUACUGGUCCUGGCUGCUCUGUCCUCCUGUCCUCUACUGUCCCUUACUGCUCUGUCCUCUUGUCCCCUAAUGGUCCUCUCUGUUCUCCUGUCCCCUACUGGUCCUGACUGCUCUGUUCACAUGCCCCCUACUGGUCCUCACUGCUCUGUCCUCCUGUCCCCUACUGGUCCUGACUGCUCUGUUCUCCUGUCCCCUACUGGUCCUCACUGCUCUGUCCUCCUGUCCCCUACUGGUCCUGACUGCUCUGUCCUCCUGUCCCCUACUGGUCCUGACUGCUCUGUUCUCCUGUCCCCUACUGGUCCUCACUGCUCUGUUCUCCUGUCCCCUACUGGUCCUCACUGCUCUGUCCUCCUGUCCCCUACUGGUCCUGACUGCUCUGUCCUCCUGUCCCCUACUGGUCCUUACUGCUCUGUCCUCCUGUCCCCUGGCCCUUACUGCUCUGUUCUCCUGUCCCCUACUGCUCUGGGUGGGGCCAGGCAGGGUCAGCAUGAGACCAGAUGGAAUACCACAGAUAGUCAUAACAGACCAGGUAAACACUUACAAUACCGUUCAAAAGUUUGGGGUCACUUAGAAAUGUCCUUGUUUUCAAAAGAAACGCAAUUUUUUGUCCAUUAAAAUAUAAAAUUGAUCAGAAAUACAGUGUAGACAUUGUUAAGUUUGGAAAUGGCUAUUGUAACUGGAAAUGGCUGAUUUUUUUUUAAUGGAAUAUCUACAUAGGCGUACAGAGCCCCAUUAUCAGCAGCCAUCAGUCCUGUGUUCCAAUGGCACAUUGUGUUUGCUAAUCCAAGUUGAUCAUUUUAAAAGGCUAAUUGAUCAUUAGAAAACCCUUUUGCAAUUAUGUUAGCACAGUUGAAUACUGUUGUGCUGAUUUAAAGAACCAAUAAAACUGGCCUUCUUGAGACUAGUUGAGUAUCUGGAGUAUCAGCAAUUGUGGGUUCGAUUACAGGCUCAAAAUGGCCAGAAACAAAGAACUUUCUUCUGAAACUCGUCAGUCUAUUGUUCUGAGAAAUGAAGGCUAUUCCAUGCGAGAAAUUGCCAAGAAACUGAAGAACUCGUACAACGCUGUGUACUUCGCCCUUCACAGAACAGAGCAAACUGGCUCUAACAAGAAUAGAAAGAGGAGUAGGAGGCCCCGAUGCACAACUGAGCAAGAGGACAAAUACAUUAGAGUGUCUAGUUUGAGAAACAGAUGCCUCACAGGUCCUCAACUGGCAGCUUCAUUAAAUAGUACCCGCAAAACACCAGUCUCAACGUCAACAGUGAAGAGGCAACUACGGGAUGCUGACCUUCUAGGCAGAGUUGCAAAGAAAAGCCAUAUCUCAGACUGCCCAUCUUAAUCUUUAAUUUUUUUGGCCAGUCUGAGAUAUGGCUUUUUCUUUGCAACUCUGCCUAGAAGGUCAGCAUCCCGGAGUCGCCUCUUCACUGUUGACGUUGAGACUGGUGUUUCUUGGCAAUUUCUCGCAUGGAAUAGCCUUCAUUUCUCAGAACAAGAAUAGACUGACGAGUUUCAGAAGAAAGUUCUUUUUUUCUGGCCAUUUUGAGCCUGUAAUCGAACCCACAAUUGCUGAUGCUCCAGAUACUCAAUUAGUCUCAAGAAGGCCAGUUUUAUUGCUUCUUUAAUCAGCACAACAGUUUUCAGCUGUGCUAACAUAAUUGCAAAAGGGUUUUCUAAUGAUCAAUUAGCCUUUUAAAAUGAUCAACUUGGAUUAGCAAACACAAUGUGUCAUUGGAACACAGGACUGAUGGUUGCUGAUAAUGGGCCUCUGUACGCCUAUGUAGAUAUUCCAUUAAAAAAUCUGCCGUUUCCAGCUACAAUAGCCAUUUACAAUAUUAACAAUGUCUACACUGUAUUUCUGAUCAGUUUGAUGUUAUUUUAAUGGACAAAAAAAUUGCUUUUCUUUUGAAAACAAGGACAUUUCUAAGUGACCCCAAACUUUUGAAAGGUAGUGUAUAUGGUUCGGAGUUACGCUAUUUCUGUCUUAGAUCCGGUAAUAUGAUGUGUCAAUUACAUUUUUAAUGGAAAAUACAGGUGGUUAGGAAGCAUGCAUACUGUAGGCCACAGCAAAUUGUUGAUAAGCACUAAGAAUAACUCAUUAGAAAUCAGCAAACUUUUGAUAUUAUCUUUUAAUUGGAGUGUCUACUCUACAAUGUCUGAGACACUCAUUUUAUUCACUAGUUUAUUUCAUCACAACCAUCACCACCCCCCGCCAUUCGUCCUCUCCAGGUCAGCUCCCAUAAUUCACUACUCUGCGGUCCCCCUUCUUGCUCGUGGCAGCAAGUCACCGCUAUUCCUUUCCUUUUAUCUCAUUCCUCUAUUCUCUUCUCAGACACUGAUUGGAUUGGCAUACACACCUCUGCCUUUCACUCAACUGUUUGUUUACCGCUCUCUCCAUUCUCAUCCUCAGUCUAUUCGGGUCAGAGGCGCCUUCUGUCGCUUUUCUAUUAUUAUUGUGUGUGGUGUGUGGUUUUUGUGUGUGUGUCUCACUCAGAGCUGACUGUUUGAUGAAGCACAGACAAACUUGUCCAUCCCUGGCCUCUCUCUAAUAGUUUUGGUAGUAGCCCUCAUACCACUUACCUACUGGCCAAUAGGACAUCACCUGAGUGGUCGACUUAAGUGAUUCUUUUAAUGGGACAUUUAUUUUCUGUCUCGUUGUUUUAUUUACCAAUGAGAAAACACUUUGUAAUAGGCAUCUGUAAAAUGGCAAGCUUAGGUAACUGUGCUUUUUGGGAAAGGGCAAGCUGAAGGUUGUGUGUGUGUGUGCGCGCAUGCGUGUGUGUAUGGGAAGCCCCAGUCCACACACACACACACACACACACACACACACACACACACACACACUGUGUCUCAAGUCUAAUCCACAGAAGUGCCAAUAAAGCACUAGAGAACUCAAGAGCUCUGGGUUUAUCCCCCCCUCCCCCCUUAUCCUCCCUCCAUCCUCCCUACACCCCUCUAUAAUCCUCACCAGGUGCUCUCUCUGCCAAACCUCAAACUGCCCCCCUCCCAUCUCCUCUACCCUCUCUUCCCCACCGCCCAUCCUUUCCCACCUCUCACCUCUCCUCCCCUGUCCACCCCUCCGUUAUCCCUUCAUCCCUCAAUCUCUGUAAUCAGACCGGAAGGAGGAUUUUGUACCUGUCAUCUAGCAAUGUUGUUUUAGCUAAGCGUCUUCCCUCUCUCUCUCUUCCUCCCUCCCUCCUCUAAGUUCCCACACCCGGAUAGUUUAUCCCAACCAGAGGGAGGGAGGGGUAGAAAGGGAAAGAUGACAGACGAAAGAAAGGGAGGAUGAUAGCUAAUAGUCGUGCAUAGAUGUCACUUGCUUCCUGAAUUGAUAGUGUAAUUAUUGUUGUCUCUAGUAUGUCUAGAGACUGAAUGUUCAUCAUGUGGAAUGAGGGAAUCCCCUUAAUACCUCUAGUUCCUAUUGACUGUCCCUCGGUUUGACUUGGAUUGGUGUUGGAUUUCCACGCAUCAUCAAUCCUAGACCGUGUAACCAAAUCAGAGCUCUUUGUUCCCCACAUCAAAGAGCUUUCAUUGGACUAGUGAUCAAUCAACGAUUGAUAGUGAAUGGGGAACCCGCCCACUAUGGGGGUUUGUUUUGAAACUAUUUCCCUCAUCAAUACUCUGACUAAAGUGAGGAUAUCCCCCACUUUGAAUGAGUUGAUUGACAAGCAGUUUAGUCUACUUAUGAUAAAUACAAUGUUAUCCCUUUCCCUCAUUGCCUUUCUGAUUUUGCUUAUUUUUCAUGCUACUCGUAGUCUUAGGUUUUUUGCUCAUCUCUGCCCCCAAACUGCAUUAAUGGAAAUGAUUUCAAUGGACUGUUGGUGUAACAUGUCAAUUUCAGUCAACUGCGUAGACCCUACUGCAGUCACUGGUUUCCAUGUUUUGUUUUACCUUUUGAACUGUUAGUCAUGGAGUCAUUGAGUUGCUGUCGCCUGAGGUCCUGGCAGCCUGUCAUGCAGAGAAUAUUCACCCAAACACUCAGUGAUCUCAUGCCCUCUCAGCCUCUCUUCCUGACUGGUGACAUGGGAACGUAGCAUUCUGUUGUGACUAUGUCAUAAUCAGGCGCCAGGAAGUCAGGAAUCAGAUUUUCACAUAAACACAACGUUUCAUUACCCUUCUGUUUUCUGUAUUAUAUACAGUGCCUUCGGAAAGUAUUCAGACCCCUUGACUUUUUCCACAUUUUGUUACGUUACAGCCUUAUUCUAAAAUGGAUUAAAUAAAUAAAUAAUCCUCAGCAAUCUACACACAAUACCCCAUAAAGCGGAAACAGGUUUUUAGAAAUGUUUGCAAAAACAGAAAUACCUUAUUUACAUAAGUAUUCAGACCCUUUGCUAUGAGAACGAAAUGUAGCAUAGGUGCAUCCUGUUUCCAUUGAUCAUCCUUGAGAUGUUUCUACAACUUGAUUGGAGUCCACCUGUGGUAAAUUCAAUUGAUUGGACAUGAUUUGGAAAGGCACUCACCUGUCUAUAUAAGGUCCCACAGUUGAGCAAAAACCAAGCCAUGAGGUCGAAGGAAUUGUCCGUAGAUCUCCGAGACAGGAUUGUGUCGAGGCACAGAUCUGGGGAAAGGUACCAAAACAUUUCUGCAGCAUUGAAGGUCCCCAAGAACACAGUGGCCUCCAUCAUUCUUAAAUGGAAGAAGUUUGGAACCACCAAGACUCUUCCUAGAGCUUACGAAUAAAAUGGUCUGAUGUUGAUGUGGAUAUACUCGGAAUACAUAUCCCAAAUGAAAUAAAUGAUCUCACUCCAAUACAUUUUAAUAGAAAGUUAGCAAAAAUAGAAAAUUGUGAUAAAUAAAAAAGUAUACCCGUUUCAUUUACAGACCAAAGGAUUGACAGCCGUCCCAUAUAGAUUGCAAAAUAGUUGGGAAGAGAUUUUUGACGUACCGAUUCCAUGGCAUAGUGUUUAUGAACUGAUACGCAAAACGACGCCGGAUUCAAAACUUAGAAUUUUUCAAUUUAAAUUAUUAUAUAAAUUCUUGCUACCAAUAGAAUGUUAUUUAUGUGGGGGAUACAAUCUUCCUAGCUCUGCAGAUUUUGCUGCGAAGAGACAGAAUCAUUAGAUCAUUUGUUUUGGGACUGUCCAUUUGUAGCUUGUUUUUGGACACAGGUCCAGGAAUGGCUAAAGGAUUGCAAUAUUUACCUGGAGCUAACCCUGCAGAUAGCACUACUGGGUGAUCUGAAAAGUCAUAGUCAAUCGAUCAAUAAUAUAAUAAUACUUUUAGCAAAAAUGUUUAUUUUCCAUUUACGAUCUGUAGAAACAAUGAGAAUAGAAAGGUUCAGAUCUUUUGUAAAACAUCACAGUACAGUUGAAAAAUAUAUGGCAAAUAGAAAUCCAAUAUGGAUGGUGUUAAGAGAUAGAUGGGAGGUGUUGAAUGGAGCUGAAGGAUGGGACUAAUAAUAACAACAAGAUAACUAAUGUAAGGCAUACUGUGUCCAUAAUAAGUAUAUAGGUUAUAGGUUGAGAGCUUUUGUGAAAGAGCACAGUUAGAAAAAUAUGGCAUAUAGAAGCAAACCAGAUAGACAUCAUGAAAAUGAUCGGAGGAAGUUCAGGAGUAAAAACAAACAAAAUAUAAUUAUUGUAAAAUUUGACUGUGUCCAUAAAAUGUAUAUAGUAUGUAUAAGCUGGAAGUAGAGGCCUAAGCAUUGUUGUUCACUAGUUUACUCCAAUUAGGGAAGGAGUGGUGGGGUUGGAAAGUAAUGAAGGGAAAUAUAAUUUAAAAAAGGAUAUGUAUGUAUGUAUGUAUGUAUGUAUGUAUAUGUAUGUAUGUAUGUAUGUAUGUGUGUGUGUGUGUGUGUGUGUGUGUGUAUGUGUGUUCUCAUGUAUGUAUGUGUGUGUGUGUGUGUGUGUGUGUAUGUAUGUGUGUGUGUGUGUGUGUGUGUGUAUAUAUAUAUAUAUAUAUAUAUAUAUAUAUAUAUAUAUAUAUAUAUAUAUAUAUAUAUAUACAGUGAGGGAAAAAAGUAUUUGAUCCCCUGCUGAUUUUGUACGUUUGCCCACUGACAAAGAAAUUAUCAGUCUAUAAUUUUAAUGGUAGGUUUAUUUGAACAGUGAGAGACAGAAUAACAACAAACAAAUCCAGAAAAACGCUUGCCAAAAAUGUUAUAUAUUGAUUUGCAUUUUAAUGAGGGAAAUAAGUAUUUGACCCCCUCUCAAUCAGAAAGAUUUCUGGCUCCCAUGUGUCUUUUAUACAGGUAACGAGCUGAGAUUAGGAGCACACUCUUAAAGGGAGUGCUCCUAAUCUAAGUUUGUUACCUGUAUAAAAGACACCUGUCCACAGAAGCAAUCAAUCAAUCAGAUUCCAAACUCUCCACCAUGGCCAAGACCAAAGAGCUCUCCAAGGAUGUCAGGGAUAAGAUUGUAGACCUACACAAGGCUGGAAUGGGCUACAAGACCAUCGCCAAGCAGCUUGGUGAGAAGGUGACAACAGUUGGUGCGAUUAUUUGCAAAUGGAAGAAACACAAAAGAACUGUCAAUCUCCCUCGGCCUGGGGCUCCAUGCAAGAUCUCAGAGGAAUCAGCCCAGAACUACACGGGAGGAUCUUGUCAAUGAUCUCAAGGCAGCUGGGACCAUAGUCACCAAGAAAACAGUUGGUAACACACUACGCCGUGAAGGACUGAAAUCCUGCAGCGCCCGCAAUGUCCUCCUGCUCAAGAAAGCACAUAUACAGGCCCGUCUGAAGUUUGGCAAUGAACAUCUGAAUAGUUCAGAGGAGAACUGGGUGAAAGUGUUGUGGUCAGAUGAUACCAAAGUCGAGCUCUUUGGCAUCAACUCAACUCGCCGUGUUUGGAGGAGGAGGAAUGCUGCCUAUGACCCCAAGAACACCAUCCCCACCGUCAAACAUGGAGGUGGAAACAUUAUGCUUUGGGGGUCUUUGUCUGCUAAGAGGACAGGACAACUUCACCGCAUCAAAGGGACGAUGGACGGGGCUAUGUACCGUCAAAUAUUGGGUGAGAACCUCCUUCCCUCAGCCAGGGCAUUGAAAAUGGGUCGUGGAUGGGUAUUCCAGCAUGACAAUGACCCAAAACACACGGCCAAGGCAACAAAGGAGUGGCUCAAGAAGAAGCACAUUAAGGUCCUGGAGUGGCCUAGCCAGUCUCCAGACCUUAAUCCCAUAGAAAAUCUGUGGAGGGAGCUGAAGGUUCGAGUUGCCAAACGUCAGCCUCGAAACCUUAAUGACUUGGAGAAGAUCUGCAAAGAGGAGUGGGACAAAAUCCCUCCUGAGAUGUGUGCAAACCUGGUGGCCAACUACAAGAAACGUCUGACCUCUGUGAUUGCCAACAAGGGUUUUGCCACCAAGUACUAAGUCAUGUUUUGCAGAGGGGUCAAAUACUUAUUUCCCUCAUUAAAAUGCAAAUCAAUUUAUAACAUAUUUGCAAAAAAAAAAAAAAAAAAAGACUAUUCCUAGAGCAGGCCAACCGGCCAAACUGAGCAAUCGGGGGUGAAGGGCCUUGGUCAGGGAGGUGACCAAGUAUCUUAUGGUCACUCUGACAGAGCUCUAGAGUUCCUCUGUGAAGAUGGGAGAACCUUCCAGAAGGACAACCAUCUCUGCAGCACUCCACCAAUCAGGCUUUUAUGGUAGAGUGGCCAGACGGAAGACACUCCUCAGUAAAAGGCACAUGACAGCCCGCUUGGAGUUUGCCAAAAGGCACCUAAAGACUCUCAGACCAUGAGAAACAAGAUUCUCUGGUCUGAUGAAACCAAGAUUGAACUCUUUCGCCUGAAUGCCAAGCGUCACGUCUGGAGGAAACCUUGCACCAUCCCUACGGUGAAGCAUGGUGGUGGCAGCAUCAUGUUGUGGGGAUGUUUUUCAGCGGCAGGGACUGGGAGACCAGUCAGGAUCUAAAAACCUGUUUUUGCUUUGUCAUAAUUUAAUCAAUUUUAGAAUAUGGCUGUAACCUAACAAAAUGUGGAUAAUGUCAAGGGGUCUGAAUACUUUCCGAAGUCACUGUAACUCUGGCUUGGAUUAUUAAGCAAAUAAAUGCUCUGUUUCUACAUAGAGCACAAACAAAACACACAUGUACAAACAAAUACACACAAUAACCACACAAAUAUAUUUGGUGAAACAUUGUAUCCAAGAACGCCAAAGCACAGUGGAGGUUACACCCACACAUGACUGCAUCCACUCUAGGCUACGCCUUAUUUCUCUUGGCGUGUGUGUGUGUGCGCGCACAUACGUGUGCGUGUAUUAGAAAAGCAUGGUACACAGCCAUACAAAUGACGAUAUAGACAGACAGAUCAAUAGACAGCAUAAUUGCUUCAAAAUGGCGCCCUCCCUGGUCUCCAUCUCCUAAACUCUCAAGACUAGGCCACAUAGCUGUAGUAAGACACUCAUUCCUACAAGGCUGUGUGGUGAGAGCUUAGCUGUAGUUAGUGGCCCAGUGACUUAGAUGUAGUCGGGUGAGGACUGAGACGUUUAAUCUAAGGCCUUCUGCUCUCUCCAAAGCGCUUCAGUGGCUUUACAGCCUUUAGGGCCAAGGAGAUCCUUUAAGAUGAUACUGCUGCUGCGCACGAGACCUGCUGGCAGCUGGCCCUAUCGACGACCGUCGCAGAUGGGAGGGAGGGAGGGAGGGUGGGUGGGCGGGCAGCCUGUCUCACUCCUCCAAAGCCUUGACGUCAGUCACCCCGGUGGUACAGGAGAACACCAAGCAGCAUAGAGGAUUAGUGAUGUUUGGCUUUCCAGUCCAGUGGGAAUGGAAAUAAGGGUGUGUGGUGUAAUGGGUUUGUGGUGGGGGUGGCAGGUUGAUGUGUGUGUGUGUGUGUGUGUGUCUGUGUGUGGGGAGAGGGUGGGGGGGGGGGGGGGGGGGGGGGGUUGUUAUUUCAACCUUUUUAUUUGAUAUUUUACAGUAACAACCUGGUCAAAUGUGUGUGUGCGCGUGUAUGUUCUGUGUGUGUGUGUGUGUGCGCGCCAUCUUGACAGAGAGUCCAUGACAGUUGGUCCAUAAUUGGUGCAUGUGAAGCCUGGGUUAAGAGUAGCAUCAUUGUCACAAAGCUGAGAGGUUAAUGGGCAAAAAGCUGUCUCCUUAACCUCUUCACCAUAUACUGUAUAUGCAUAUGGUUGUUUUCACAAUGUCUACCCUAAAUUGAUGUGCUUCUUGUGAGUGGAAUGUGUUCCUAAUCUCGUGCUGCACCAGAAUCCCAGUCAGUGACAAUCACACAAAAUAAUGACUAUAGCUUUUAUUGUGAAUUCAGUAAGGCAUUUGGUGAAUAAACCACUCUUUUUAAGGAAAGACAUGAAAAGGUCUUUAUUGUUAAGUCCUUGGUGCAAGUAGCCCAUUGAUUAACUUCCAGAAGUCCUGAAUGGGCACUGCAUGAUGUUGCCUUUGUGCCAUCCAGAGAAAGGCAUGUUACUACUGAAAAAAUAUAUAAAUGCAACAUGCAACAAUCUCAAAGAUUUUACUGAGUUACAGUUCAUAGAAGGAAAUCAGUCAAUUGAAAUAAAUUCAUUUGGCCCUAAUCUAUGGCAUAGUGCCCUUGACUGGGCAGGGGCACUAUGCCCUCCCAGGCCUACCCACUUGGGAGCCAGGUCCACCCACUGAGGAGCCAGGCCCAGCCAAUCAGAAUGAGUUUUUCCCCUCAAAAGAGCUUUAUUAAAUACAGAAAUACUCCUCAGUACCCCCCCCCCCCCCCCCCCCCUCUAUAUCCGCGUCCAUCGCCAAUACUACCGGCGCCACAAUGCAGGAGGCCAGGAGUAUGGGGGUGUUGUCUCUGUGCCUCUCCUCUGUGUCAUACAGCCGUAACAGUGCGUCUGCCUUCACGUUCUUCGUACCGGGGAUGUAUGAUAGUGUAAAAUCAAACUGGGUGAAGAAUAGGGCCCACUUGGCCUGGCGAGGGUUCAGCCUCCUCGUUGCCCGGAUGUACUCCAGGUUACGGUGGUCCGUCCAGAUGAGGAAAGGGUGUUUCGCCCCCUCGAGCCAGUGCCUCCACAUGGUCAGGGCUUGGACAACAGCCAACAGCUCCCGAUCACCAACAUCGUAGUUCUGCUCCGCCGGGCUGAGCUUCUUGUAGAAGAAGGCACAGGGGUGGAGCUCGGGUGGCAUGCCCGAGCGUUGAGACAGGACCGCGCCUAUCCCUACCUCGGACGCAUCCACCUCCACUACGAACGGUAGUGAUGGAUUGGGGUGGGCCAGUACCGGGGAUGAGGUGAACAGACCCCUCAGGUUACUGAUGGCCCUGUCAGCCUCAGCAGACCAGCGGAGUCGGGACGGCCCACCCUUCAACAGAGAUGUGAUGGGAGCUGCGACCUUGCCAAAGCCCCGGAUAAACCUCCGAUAGUAGUUGGCAAAGCCAAUAAAGCACUGCACCUCCUUUACCGUAGUUGGAGUCGGCCAAUUAUGCACGGCUGAAAUGCGAUCUCCCUCCAUCUCCACACCUGAGGUGGUAAUGUGGUAUCCGAGGAAGGAGACGGACUGUUGGAAAAACAGACACUUUUCUGCCUUGGCAUAAAGGUCAUGUUCCAACAGUCGGGCCAGCACUUUGCGAACCAGGGACACGUGCUUGGCGCGCGUAGCGGAAUACACCAGAAUGUCAUCGAUGUAGACCAUUACAUCACGACCAAGCAUGUCCCGAAACACCUCGUUCACAAAGGACUGGAAGACGGAUGGAGCAUCCAUCAAACCGUAGGGCAUCACCAGGUAUUCAUAAUGCCCCGUGGUUGUGCUGAAUGCUGUCUUCCACUCGUCCCCCUCUCGGACACGCACCAGGUUGUACGCACUCCGGAGAUCUAGUUUUGUGAAGAAGCGCGCCCCAUGCAUUGACUCCAUCACAGAUGGAAUGAGGCGUAGAGGAUAACUAAAUCGUAUCGUCCCCUUGUUCAGUGAUUGGUAAUCAAUGCAAGUGCGCAGACCUCCGUCUUUCUUCUUCACAAAAAAGAAACUUGAGGAGGCGGGCUAAGUGGAGGGAUGUAUAAACCCCUGGCGCAGGGACUCAGAGACGUAUGUCUCCAUAGCUUCCAUUUCAGCCUGUGACAGGGGAUACGCAUGACUCCUGGGAGGCACAGCAUCUAAAAGGAGGUUUAUCGCGCAAUCCCCCGCCCGAUGAGGUGGUAAUUUGGUCACCUGCGUUUUGGAAAACUCGUGCGCCAAAUCGAGGUAUUCGGGGGGAAUGCGCACGGUGGAAGUACGGUCUGGACUUUCCACCGUGGUUGCACCAACGGAAACACCUAGACACCUACACUGACACUCUCGCGACCACCCCGUGAGAACCCUCUGCGGCCAUGAAAAGGUGGGGUUGUGGAGUGCUAACCAGGGAAGACCUAACACAACAGGGAAAUCAGGAGACUCAAUCAUUUUAAAAAUGACUUGCUCUCGAUGAGUCUCGUGUAUAACCAUAGUGACUGGUGCUGUAACCUCCCUAACGAACCGGGACCCUAAUGGUUGACUGUCAAGUGCUCUGAUGGGGAGUGGAAUGGAUAGGGGAACCAAUGUAAUGCCUAGACUAUGUGAAAAUGACCUGUCCAUAAAGUUCCCACCUGUGCCUGAAUCAACCAGUGCCUUACACUGGGGAACUACAAUGUAAUCAGGAAAGUGGAUGGGUAGGGUACAGUGCGCAGCAGAGGGCUCUGAACGAGUGUGGGUGUUCAAUACCUGGGGUGACGCGAGAGUGCCCUGCCUGCCGCCUCCAGACCCAAAAGAACACUGACGAAAUCGUGCAGUGAAAUGUCCUUUCGUGCCACCGGAGUGACACUGGCGCUGUCGUCCUCCGCUCUCCUGGAUCGCCGCUCCACCCAGCUCCAUCAGCUCGUGAUCCGGGUUGGGGGGUUGGGUUCAGGCUAGCUCCCUUCGGACGUCCUCCCGUAGAUGGCACCGGAAGUGGUCAAUCAGCUGCUAGAGUCCGGAACUCCAGGGCGAAGUCCUGCGCGGUACUCGUCCCCUGCCUCAGGUGGACCAGCCGCUCGCCCGCCUCUCUACCCUCGGGUGCGUGAUCGAAGACAGCCCAAAAGAGGCGAGCGAACUCCCCGUAGUUGUCCAACGCGGCUCCUCCUUCAUUCCAUACCGCGUUGGCCCACUCCAGGGCUUUCCCCGGGAGGCAGGAGACGAUGGCGGACACCUUCUCCCGCUCCGAUGGGGCCGGGCUGAUGCUUGAAUAGUAUAGCUCCAGUUGGAGGAGGAAACCCUGGCAGAGAGCAGCUGUCCCAUCGAAAUCCUGUGGUCGGGAUAUAUGGAUCCCUCUGGAGGCUGGGGUGUGGGUGGCUGGAUCCGGUCGCCCAGCUGGUCCCGACAGAUCGGGUCCUCUCCUCUCCAGGCCUUGGACGACCUGGAGAACCCGAUACAUCGCUUCUCCCAAGCUGGCUAGCAUCGUCGAAUGCUCCCGGACCCGUGCCACGACUCCAGGCAUGUGCUCCUCUCCUGCUGAAGGAGUCAAGCGCAGGAGGGUAAAUCACAGAAUAGCAGGAUUUAUUCCGGAAUACAGAGUUACGCAGUAAUGCGUCAAAACAGUUCUGUGCACAAAACGGACGCACUGGAACCAACAAGGCACACGGGGGAAAUAACCCGGCAAUACAAAAUACAAGGAGCUCAACCGAGCUUCACUAUCCUCACAAUAAACAAUCACACACAAAGACAAGGGGGCAGACGGAACACUUAUACAGGUACUGAUGAGGGGAUAUGAACCAGGUGUGUGUAAUAAACAAGACAAAACAAAUGGAAUGAUGAGAUGAGGAGCGGCAGUGGCUAGAAGGCCGGUAACGACAAACGCCGAAGCCUGCCCGAACCAGGAGAGGAGGAAGCUUCGGAGGAAGUCAUGACACUGGCAUUGUGUUGUGACAAAACUGCACCUUUUAGAGUGGCCUUUUAUUGUCCCCAGCUUAAGGUGCACCUGUGUAAUGAUCAUGCUGUUAAAUCAGCUCCUUGAUAUGCAACACCUGUCAGGUGGAUGGAUUAUCUUGGCAAAGGAUAAAUGCUCACUAACAGGGAUGUAAACAAAUUUGUGCACAACAUUUUAGAGAAAUAAGCUUUUUGUGCGUAUGGAACAUUUCUGGGAUCUUUUAUUUCAGUUCAUGAGAAAUGUGACCAACAUGUUGCGUUUAUAUUUUGGUUCAGUAUAUAUGACAUAAACACUGAGUCAAAUGAUAACAAAGUGAAGUCAUACGGUCAUACGAAGGUGUCAUGAACAACAUAAAAACCACAUAUAACAGCUGCACAGCUUCUUUGGAGCUGUCAACUGUAGCCUACUAUAGGGAAACACCCUUCACCAAUAACACCUAGCAGUCAUACAAGGAAGUCAAAAUAUAUAUAUUGUUUAAAUAAAACACUAUACAGUUGUUACCACACCUCAGAUGGUCACUACUGACCGAAAACUUAGCAAAUUGACUUAGCAUCUGUAGUGACUCCUUCAUUCCAAGUUACCACAACUCCCCCAUCUUUUAGACUACAGUCUGUUCAUUUCCCUUCCAUAGACUCUGAGGGGGUCAAAGGUCAUUCUCAUAGGAAUCGUUUCAAGAGGACGUAAUGAGAUUAGAACUGCUGAUCCUGGACCUGUUCAAAGGAAUCAGAAAGGAGAACAAUGGAGGCUGUGGGUGGUGGUCUGUGCUGGGGUCUGGGAUGGUCCAUAUCUCUGCCUGAAGCCCCCCCCCCCCCCCCCCCGGGAACUUCAAUGGAAAGACAUUCAGUGCUCAAAUGCACUUGAAUAUGAAUGUCCUGAUUUUCACACAGUCGUAUUAACAGUGCUGUUUUCACUGGUAUCUAUUUAAGAAAUGGCAUGGUAAAAUAGUAAAGAAGUCGUUAUAAUUCAUUAAUGAUGUUUGUUUUUGGGAUUCAUUUAAUACCUGCUAAUUUCUGUACCACAAAGUAAAGAGAUACAUAUAUCAGCCUGGUAACUUGUGAGGCCAGUCAUAAAGAAACUAGACCACAGCGUUGUCUGUGUGGGAUGUGAUGUUAUGUGAAAGAAAGGAGGCUAGGAGGUGUUUUUAGCUCUUUGUAGCUGAAGUUAGCAUUUUUUGUCCUAUUGAGUAAAAUGUGUUUUUUAUAAGUUAAGUGAGUGGGUGUUCUAGUAAAACAUGUUGUCCUAAAGCAAGCAGAAGUGGUCAUAGUGAAGUGUUUUGUCUUGUUCCUCAAAAACGUGUUGUGUCAAGCAGAUUUUGAUGUGAAAUAUGCUGCUGAAAUAAACCCCCCAUGGCCCUACACACACACACUCUCUCUCUCUCUCUCUCUCUCUCUCUUUCAGACAUGUUCAGGCUUGCCGUAGGGGAGGAUGUGGCAAGGCGAGGGGGAGGCCUCGUCAGAGUGGUGUUUAGAUCUGCC